AUGCGCACCAACCAGAUUAUGAAAUACACUCUCUUUGCCUCCUGCUACCUCUUCUGGGUAGCCGGUGGACUCAUGGUGGCUGUCGGAAUUUAUGCCAGGCUUUCCAAGGAAGCAGGUGCUGUGGAUUCCUUGUUGGCUGAUCCCUCCAUAAUUCUUUUAGCAGUGGGCACUCUUGAUUUUUUGCAUCACUUUUGUGGGGUGCUUGGGAGCUUUACGGGACCUCACGCUGAUGUUGAAAAUGUUUUAGGCUUCGUCUUCUCUGGCAUGGUGAUGGAAAAAGCCACAUUUUUAAUGGGCCAGGCCAUCUCCCGCUAUCAUGACAAUCUUGAUUUGCAGAACCUCAUUGACUACGUCCAGAAGAAGUUCAAAUGCUGUGAGGUUCACUCUUACAAGGACUGGUCCCAGAAUAUUUAUUUUGACUGUCAAGACUCCAAUCCCAGCCUGCAGCGCUGUGCAGUGCCCUUCUCUUGCUGUCUGCAAGAUAAAGAGAUGGGGAAAAGUGAAAAAAAUAACCCUUAUCCUUUCCACCCAUACAAGAUUGAGCCGAAUGCUGUGCUGUAA